AUGACAGAUUUAAAGAAAAGAAUUAAAAAAGAGAUUAAUAAUGAUAAUAAAGAGAAUGAUUUUAAUCAUGUGAAAGACAAGGAACCUUUAAAUCUUAACAUACCACUUAGAGUACUAUCCAGAAUUGUUGUCAUAAGUGCACUUCUUCUAGUUGUUUAUUUUACCUCUAGAGACGAAAAACUCGAAACAUUUGCAAAGCAGUUCGAGGUGGUAAAGGAUAAAAUUAAGUUUACAAUAGCUCAUCAUUUUGGUGUCUUGCCAAGUAAAAUUUACUUAACUCAUCCAACAUUUUUUUCUGAAAUUACCUCAAAACCCCCUGUUACACUUCACGAUCAAUAUUGGCACCCACAUGUAGAUAAAGAAACUUAUAAAUCGUUCCAUUAUACAACAUUACUGUACCUAAGUAACUAUAAUGUCGACUUUGAAGGUGGACCGGAUUUAGGGGAGGGCAACCGGGGCAACAGCCCCGGAGCCUCCACAAAAGAGGGCCCCCACUUAAAGACCAGAAUAGGCCUCCACUCCUUUGUUGCCCCGAGGCCUCCAGACCUC